AUGGAGAUGAUUUUUGACAUCCAUGGGUACUUUGAAGAAAAGAAUGUUAAGUUAGUUGUAGUGGAGUUUACUGAUUAUACCAUGGGUAGUGAGAGUGCGGAAGAGUAUCAGAAAGAAUUAGAGGUGGCUAUGAUUAGAGCUAAUGUUAAUGAAGAUGAGGAAGUAACUAGUUCUAGGUUUUUGAAUGGCUUGAAUAGAGACAUUGCUAUUGUUGUGGAGUUACAAUCUUAUGUUGAAAUUGGAAGAAUGAAUUAUAGGAGAGAGGGUAGUGUGACAUCGAAGCCCUUGAUGACUUCUAAAGUUGCCGAACCUCCCUCUAUGAAGAAGCAGGUUUCGACUAGUGAAAAAAAACUUAAAGGAGAAGUCCAAUCGAAGCGUAAUUGUGAUAUAAAGUGUUUCAAGUGUCAGGGAUUGAGACACUAUGCAUCAGAGCGUGCAAAUCACCGAGUAAUGAUUCUCAGGGAUGAUGGAGAGCUUGUGUCCACUAGUGAGGAGUCUGAUUGUGAUGAGAUGCCACCACUUGAGGAUGCUAGUGAUUUAGAGUAUGCUGCUGGUGAUAAAGUUUUGGUGAUUAGAAGGUCGCUCAGUGUUCAGACUAAGGAGGAUGAUGUGGAGCAACAAAGGGGGAACAUCUUCCAUACUAGAUGCCUAAUCAACGAUAAGGUUCUGAAUGCACAAAUUGACGUUAAUGAUGAGCAACGCGAGAACAUCUUUCAUACUCGAUGUCAUAUUCGAGAUAAGGUGUGUGGGAUGAUCAUUGACAAUGGAAGUUGCACUAAUGUUGCGUCAACUACCUUGGUGGAGAAAUUGGGUUUAACUACCCUUCAUGACGAGGUUAAGGAAUUGCUUGAAGAAUUUAAAGAUGUGUUUCCAGAUGAAUUACCUAAAGGGUUACCACCUAUUCGUGGAAUUGAGCAUCAAAUUGAUUUGGUGCCGGGAGCUUCACUUCCUAACAGACCAGCAUACAGAUGUAAUCCAGAGGAAGCAAAAGAGAUUCAAAGGCAGGUUGGUGAGCUCUUGGAGAAGGGCUAUGUGCGAGAAUCACUUAGUCCAUGUUUCGUACCUACUUUGCUUGUACUGAAGAAAGAUGGUACCAUGAGGAUGUGUAUGGACAGCCACGCUAUCAACAAAAUAACAGUUAAGUAUCGAUUUCCUAUACCCAGGCUUGAUGAUUUGCAUGGUGCUGCAUUGUUUUCUAAAGUUGAUUUGAUGAGUGGUUAUCACCAAAUCAGAAUGAAAGAAGGAGAUGAAUGGAAAACAGCAUUUAAAACUAAACAGGAGUUAUAUGAAUGGAUGGUAAUGUCGUUUGGGUUAUCUAAUGCGCCUAGUACAUUUAUGAGGCUUAUGAAUCAUGUUUUGAGGAAGUAUAUUAGGUUUUUUGUUGUAGUAUAUUUUGAUGAUAUCCUGGUGUAUAGCAAGACCUUUGAUGAUCAUAUGACGCAUCUUAGAGUUGUGUUUGAAACUUUGCGAGAUUCUAAGUUGUAUGAGAAACUCACAAAGUGUUACUUCUGUAAAGAAAGUGUCGUGUUUCUUGGAUAUAUUAUCUCUAGCAGGGGAGUUAAGGUUGAUGAGGAGAAAAUUGAGGCAAUUCGGGACUGGCCAAAACCUGCUAGUAUUGUUGAUGUGAGUUUCCAUGGUUUAGCUUCUUUCUACAGGCAAUUUGUGAAAGACUUCAGCUCUAUUGUUGCUCCUAUGACAGAAUGCUUGAAAAAAGGGAACGACUUUAGAUGGAGUGAAGAUGCCCAUAAAGCUUUUGAGCUAAUUAAGGAAAAGUUGUGUACUGCUCCAGUUUUAGCACUUCCAGACUUUGCUAAAACAUUCGAAAUAGAGUGCGAUGCUUCUGGAGUUGGAAUUGGGGCUGUCUUGCUGCAAGAAAAGAGGCCGAUUGCAUUCUUCAGUGAAAAGUUAAAAUGGAGCACGUUUGAACUACUCUAUUUACGACAAGGAUAUCUUAAGGGGCAAAGCAAGCUGAAUCGCAGACAUGCUAAAUGGGUGGAGUUUAUGGAGUCAUUUCCUUACAUCAUAAAGUACAAGAAAGGGCAAGUUAACGUGGUUGCUGAUGCUCUUUCUAGGAGGUUUGCAUUGAUCUCUAUGUUGAAUGCAAAGCUGAUGGGUUUUGAACAAGUGAAGGAACAGUUACUUGUUCAAAAUGGGCAGAAUGUGUAUUCCUUCAGGAUCGUUACAGGAGUUGCUUGUGCGAGAGGCUCAUGCAUGUUACGGGAUGUGCACAAGGUGAUUGAGAGAUGUGUUAUUUGCAAGAAAGCUAAGGUUAAGGAGAAUGCAUAUGGAUUGUAUAUGCCAUUGCCUAUUCCAGAGCAACCAUGGAUGGAUGUUAGCAUGGACUUUGUACUUGGGUUACUAAGAACACAGAGUGGAAAGGAUUCAAUAAUGGUCGUGGUUGAUCGAUUCUCCAAAAUGUCUCAUUUCAUUCCUUGCAACAAAACUGACGAUGCAGUACAUGUUGCUGAUUUGUUCUUUAAAGAGAUUUUUGGAUAUAAUCGUAGUGUGCAUGGGGCUACAAAAUUUUCACCAUUUGAGGUUGUGUAUGACUUUAAUCCUUGUGUUCCUAUUGAUCUUGUUCAUAUUCCAAUUGAUGAGAGGACAUCUAUGGAUGGAAUUAGAAAGGCAGAAUUGAUAAAGAAACUACAUGAGCAGGUUCGAUUACAUAUUGAGGAGAAAACGACAAAGUAUGCUAAACAAGCUAACAAGGGGCGGAAAAUGGUUAGGUUUGAACCUAGAGAUCUUGUUUGGAUUCAUAUUAGCAAGGGCAGAUUCCCAUGCAAACGUAAGUCCAAGUUGAUGCCAAGAGCUGAUGGUCCAUUUCGGAUUAUAGAGAAGGUGAGUGACAAUGCAUAUAAGGUAGAUCUUCUUGUGAUUACAACAUGUCUUUCUAGAAGAGAUAGUGGCUUGCCGCCAAUUAGGGGAAUUGAACAUCAAAUCAACUUUGUUCCAGGAGCAUCUAUACCAAAUAGACCGGCAUAUAGGAGCAAUCUUGAAGAGUCUAAGGAACUCCAACGACAAGUGGAGGAGUUGAUGUCAAAAGGAUACAUUCGUGAGAGCAUGAGUUCUUAUGCAGUUCCCGUGCUUCUUGUCCCAAAGAAAGAUAAGACUUGGCGAAUAUAUGUUGUAAGUGCAAAACGUAUAGAGAUGGACAAGGCUAAUGUUAAGGCUAUUCAAGAAUGGCCUACACCGAAAUCAAUAACAGAAGUUAGAAGUUUUCAUGGUUUGGCUAGUUUCUAUAGGAGGUUUGUUAAAGACUUUAGUACGAUAACCUUUUCAUUGACUGAAAUCAUUAAGAAAUCCAUAGGGUUCAAGUGGGGUGAAGAAUAG